GUCCAAAUCACCGCCAUAUUGAUCCCAUGUCGUUAGAAGAAACUUAAACGAAACAUUUCUGAGGACAUUUGGAAGGUCUUUAUUCAAUUUCUGUUGUACAUUUUGGUUAAAUUUGUACAGCUUCAAACGUGAGCGAAAGACGCGGGGGGGAAAGAUGGCGUUUCCCUACGUGUUCACCCCGACCGGUCAGCCACUGUUGCUGACUGGUCAGCCGGUGUUGAUCACUGGUCAACAACCAAUGCAGAUGCAACUGGCACCUCAGCUACAACCACAACCACCCCCACAGUUACCACCUAUGCCACAGCCGCCACCACAGCCAGCGCAGCCGAAACCCCCGGAUUACAUGUCGGAGGAGAAACUGCAGGAGAAAGCUCGUAAAUGGCAGCAGCUGCAGUCAAAGAGAUAUGCGGACAAACGCAAGUUUGGAUUUGUUGAUGCCCAGAAAGAGGAGAUGCCCCCUGAGCAUGUACGCAAGAUCAUUCGGGAUCAUGGUGACAUGACCAACAGGAAGUUCCGACAUGACAAAAGAGUCUAUUUAGGAGCCCUCAAAUACAUGCCCCAUGCUGUCAUGAAGCUGCUGGAGAACAUGCCGAUGCCCUGGGAACAGAUCCGAGAUGUGAAGGUCCUCUACCAUAUCACCGGUGCCAUAACAUUUGUUAAUGAAAUCCCUUGGGUUGUCGAGCCUAUCUACAUUGCACAGUGGGGCUCUAUGUGGAUUAUGAUGAGGCGAGAGAAACGGGAUCGUCGCCACUUCAAGAGAAUGCGAUUCCCACCCUUUGAUGAUGAGGAACCACCCCUAGACUACGCUGACAAUGUGCUGGAUGUUGAACCUUUGGAAGCCAUCCAAUUAGAGCUGGAUACUGAUGAAGACAAGGCAGUGAUGAACUGGUUCUAUGAACACAAGCCACUUGCUGAUACCAAACACCUAAAUGGCUCAACUUAUCGCCAUUGGAACCUCUCGCUGCCAAUAAUGUCCGUUCUGUACCGCUUGGCCAACCAACUCCUCACCGAUCUCGUCGACGAAAACUACUAUUACCUCUUUGAUCUCAAAUCAUUCUUCACAGCCAAAGCUCUCAACUUGGCCAUUCCUGGUGGCCCGAAAUUCGAGCCUUUGGUCAAGGAUAAGGAACUUCAGGACGAGGACUGGAAUGAGUUUAACGACAUCAACAAGAUAAUUAUCCGACAGCCUGUUCGCACAGAAUAUCGGAUUGCAUUUCCAUAUCUUUACAACAACAUUCCUUUUCAGGUGCACCUCUCCUGGUACCACAAGCCUAACGUGGUUUACAUCAAGACAGAAGAUCCUGACUUACCUGCUUUCUAUUUUGACCCCUUGAUAAACCCCAUCUCUCACAGACAUGCCACCAAAGGUACUGAACCUUUGCCAGACGACGAUGAAGAUUUCGAACUUCCUGACUAUGUGCAAGCCUUUAUGCAGGAAACCCCGCUCUACACUGACAACACAGCUAAUGGCAUCUCCUUGCUUUGGGCCCCAAGACCGUUCAAUUUGCGCUCUGGUAAAACCCGCAGAGCCAUUGAUGUACCAUUAGUAAAAUCAUGGUACCGGGAACACUGCCCCGCUGGAAUGCCUGUCAAAGUGAGGGUCUCCUACCAGAAGUUAUUGAAAUAUUACGUGCUGAACGCCCUCAAACAUCGACCACCAAAGGCCCAAAAGAAAAGAUAUCUGUUCCGCUCGUUCAAGGCGACCAAAUUCUUCCAGACGACCCAGUUGGACUGGGUGGAGGUUGGCCUGCAGGUGUGUCGUCAGGGGUACAACAUGCUCAAUCUCUUGAUCCAUCGUAAAAACCUCAACUAUCUUCAUUUGGACUACAACUUCAACCUGAAACCCGUCAAGACCCUCACCACAAAGGAGAGGAAAAAAUCUCGUUUCGGCAAUGCUUUCCAUCUGUGUCGAGAAAUCCUUCGUUUAACAAAACUGGUGGUGGAUAGCCAUGUACAGUAUCGUCUUGGCAACGUUGAUGCCUUCCAGUUAGCCGAUGGAUUGCAAUACAUCUUUGCCCACGUUGGUCAACUCACUGGUAUGUACCGGUACAAAUACAAACUGAUGCGACAGAUUCGGAUGUGCAAGGAUUUGAAACAUCUCAUCUACUACAGAUUCAACACAGGUCCAGUUGGUAAAGGACCAGGAUGUGGAAUGUGGUCAGCAGGGUGGCGUGUUUGGUUGUUCUUCAUGCGAGGAAUAACCCCGCUGCUGGAACGCUGGCUUGGCAACUUGCUGUCCCGACAGUUCGAGGGACGACAUUCAAAGGGCGUGGCCAAAACUGUGACGAAACAACGUGUGGAGAGUCACUACGAUCUGGAGUUGAGGGCGGCUGUCAUGCACGACAUCCUCGACAUGAUGCCAGAAGGAAUCAAGCAGAACAAAGCCAGAACCAUUCUGCAGCAUCUCAGUGAAGCCUGGCGCUGUUGGAAGGCCAAUAUUCCUUGGAAGGUUCCAGGCCUCCCCAUUCCCAUUGAAAACAUGAUUCUCCGAUACGUGAAGGCCAAAGCGGAUUGGUGGACCAACACAGCCCACUACAACAGAGAGAGAAUCCGACGUGGUGCCACGGUUGACAAGACUGUGUGCAAGAAGAACCUUGGACGUCUCACUCGACUCUACCUGAAGGCGGAACAAGAACGACAGCACAAUUACCUGAAGGACGGUCCUUACAUCACCGCUGAAGAAGCUGUGGCUAUUUACACGACCACCGUACAUUGGUUGGAGAGCCGACGCUUCUCACCAAUUCCGUUCCCCCCGCUGUCCUACAAACACGACACCAAAUUACUGAUCCUUGCCCUGGAGAGACUGAAAGAAGCUUACAGUGUGAAGAGCCGUCUGAACCAGUCCCAGAGAGAAGAACUUGGCCUCAUUGAACAGGCUUAUGACAACCCUCACGAGGCCCUGUCUCGUAUCAAACGUCACUUGUUGACGCAGCGAGCCUUUAAAGAGGUGGGUAUUGAAUUCAUGGACCUGUACAGCCACCUGGUGCCGGUCUAUGAUGUGGAACCACUUGAGAAAAUUACCGAUGCCUACCUUGACCAAUACCUCUGGUAUGAAGCUGACAAACGCCGUCUCUUCCCCCAGUGGAUCAAACCAGCAGAUACGGAGCCUCCACCCCUUCUCGUAUACAAAUGGUGUCAGGGUAUCAACAACCUCCAAGAUGUCUGGGACACGGCGGAAGGUGAAUGCAACGUGCUACUGGAGUCUAAAUUUGAGAAAAUGUACGAGAAAAUCGAUUUGACUUUAUUGAACAGACUUCUACGAUUGAUUGUCGAUCACAACAUUGCUGAUUACAUGACGGCCAAAAAUAACGUCGUAAUCAACUACAAGGACAUGAACCACACAAAUUCGUACGGCAUCAUCCGAGGCUUGCAGUUCUCCUCAUUCAUUGUCCAGUUCUAUGGACUGGUCAUGGACCUGCUUGUGCUGGGCCUGCACCGUGCCAGCGAGAUGGCCGGACCCCCACAGAUGCCAAAUGACUUCCUUACAUAUCAGGAUGUGACUACAGAGACUGCCCAUCCAAUAAGACUGUUCUGUCGUUAUAUUGACAGGAUCCAUAUAUUCUUCAGGUUCACUGCAGAGGAAGCUAGGGACCUCAUCCAGCGCUACCUCACUGAACACCCCGACCCCAACAACGAAAACAUUGUCGGUUACAACAAUAAGAAGUGUUGGCCACGGGAUUCUCGGAUGAGACUGAUGAAACACGAUGUCAACUUGGGUCGAGCUGUGUUUUGGGACAUCAAGAACCGACUGCCGCGCUCCGUCACCACCAUCCAGUGGGACAACAGCUUCGUGUCAGUCUACAGCAAGGACAACCCGAACCUACUGUUCAACAUGUCGGGCUUCGAAUGUCGCAUCCUGCCCAAGUGCCGCACCACCCAUGAGGAGUUCACCCACCGCGAUGGCGUGUGGAACCUGCAAAACGAAGUGACCAAAGAGAGGACGGCACAGUGCUUUUUGCGCGUCGACGAGGAGUCGAUGAACCGCUUCCACAAUCGUGUCCGCCAGAUUCUGAUGGCUUCAGGCUCAACCACUUUCACCAAGAUCGUCAACAAAUGGAACACGGCCCUAAUCGGUCUGAUGACCUACUUCCGUGAGGCUGUCGUCAACACCCAGGAGCUACUCGACCUGCUGGUCAAGUGCGAGAACAAAAUCCAGACCCGUAUCAAGAUCGGCCUCAACUCCAAGAUGCCCAGCCGUUUCCCGCCGGUCGUCUUCUACACACCGAAAGAACUGGGCGGUCUUGGAAUGUUAUCCAUGGGCCACGUCCUCAUUCCACAGUCAGAUUUACGCUGGUCGAAGCAGACGGAUGUUGGAAUCACCCAUUUCAGAUCGGGUAUGAGCCAUGAUGAGGACCAGCUCAUCCCUAACUUGUACAGAUACAUCAUGCCAUGGGAGAGUGAAUUCAUUGAUUCUCAGAGAGUAUGGGCUGAGUACGCCCUCAAAAGACAAGAAGCUAAUGCACAAAACAGGAGACUGACACUGGAAGAUUUGGAAGACAGUUGGGAUCGUGGUAUACCUCGUAUCAACACCCUGUUCCAGAAGGACCGACACACCCUGGCCUAUGACAAGGGCUGGCGUGUCAGGACGGAGUUCAAACAGUACCAGGUGUUAAAACAGAACCCAUUCUGGUGGACCCAUCAGAGGCAUGAUGGGAAACUGUGGAACCUGAACAACUACCGAACAGACAUGAUCCAGGCCCUUGGUGGCGUCGAGGGCAUCUUGGAACACACUCUAUUCAAAGGAACAUACUUUCCCACCUGGGAAGGUCUUUUCUGGGAAAAGGCCAGCGGAUUUGAAGAAUCAAUGAAAUACAAGAAACUGACCAAUGCCCAGCGAUCUGGUUUGAACCAGAUCCCUAAUCGGCGCUUCACCCUGUGGUGGUCACCAACAAUCAACAGAGCCAACGUCUACGUUGGUUUCCAAGUCCAGCUUGACUUGACUGGUAUUUUUAUGCACGGCAAAAUCCCAACCCUGAAAAUCUCCUUGAUCCAGAUUUUCCGUGCCCAUUUAUGGCAGAAGAUCCACGAGAGCGUCGUGAUGGAUCUGUGCCAAGUGUUUGACCAGGAACUGGACGCUCUGGAAAUCGAGACGGUCCAGAAAGAAACCAUUCAUCCCCGUAAGUCGUACAAAAUGAACAGCUCCUGCGCCGACAUCCUACUCUUUGCCACCUACAAAUGGAAUGUCUCACGGCCAUCACUACUCGCCGAUUCCAAGGACGUCAUGGACAAUGCCAACACCCAAAAGUACUGGAUUGACGUCCAACUCCGAUGGGGCGACUACGACUCGCACGACAUUGAGAGGUACGCUCGGGCCAAGUUUCUGGACUACACCACUGACAACAUGAGCAUUUACCCCAGUCCUACCGGUGUGCUCAUCGCCAUAGACCUUGCCUAUAAUCUCCACAGUGCCUAUGGUAACUGGUUCCCCGGCUGCAAACCCCUCAUUCAACAGGCAAUGGCCAAAAUCAUGAAGGCCAACCCUGCCCUGUAUGUGUUGCGGGAGCGCAUCCGUAAAGGUUUGCAGCUGUACUCUUCUGAACCUACUGAGCCCUACCUCAGCUCCCAGAACUAUGGUGAGCUUUUCUCCAACCAGAUAAUUUGGUUUGUUGAUGACACCAAUGUCUACAGAGUGACGAUACACAAGACGUUUGAAGGGAAUUUAACAACGAAACCCAUCAACGGAGCCAUUUUCAUUUUCAACCCUCGAACCGGUCAGUUGUUCUUGAAGAUCAUUCACACUUCAGUGUGGGCUGGUCAAAAACGUUUAGGCCAGUUGGCCAAGUGGAAAACUGCAGAGGAAGUUGCGGCUUUGAUUCGUUCCCUUCCUGUUGAGGAACAACCCAAACAGAUUAUUGUCACCCGUAAAGGAAUGUUGGAUCCUCUCGAGGUCCAUUUACUUGAUUUCCCUAACAUUGUCAUCAAAGGAAGUGAGCUACAGUUACCAUUCCAAGCCUGUCUAAAGGUUGAGAAGUUUGGCGAUCUGAUCUUAAAGGCCACUGAACCUCAGAUGGUGUUGUUUAACCUGUAUGAUGACUGGUUGAAGACUAUUUCAUCUUAUACUGCAUUCUCUCGACUCAUCCUGAUAUUGCGUGCCCUCCAUGUGAACAAUGACCGCACGAAAAUUAUCUUGAAACCUGACAAGACCACCAUCACAGAACCUCAUCACAUCUGGCCAGCCCUUGGUGAUGAAGAGUGGAUCAAGAUUGAAGUCCAGCUCAAGGAUCUCAUCUUAGCUGAUUAUGGCAAAAAGAACAAUGUCAAUGUAGCAUCCCUGACCCAGUCUGAAAUUCGAGACAUUAUUCUCGGUAUGGAGAUCUCGGCGCCAUCGGCCCAGCGCCAACAGAUUGCCGAAAUUGAAAAACAGACAAAGGAGCAGACUCAGCUGACCGCCACCACAACCCGCACUGUGAACAAACACGGUGACGAGAUCAUCACCUCGACGACGAGCAACUACGAAACAGCGACAUUUGCCUCCAAGACGGAGUGGCGCGUUCGAGCGAUCUCCGCAACGAACCUGCACCUGCGUACCAACCACAUUUAUGUGUCAUCCGAUGACAUCAAAGAGACGGGCUAUACAUAUAUUCUGCCCAAGAACAUCCUGAAGAAGUUCAUCAUCAUCUCUGAUUUGAGGGCCCAGAUUGCUGGCUACCUGUACGGAGUCAGUCCUCCGGAUAACCCCCAGGUAAAGGAGAUCCGCUGUAUAGUAAUGCCACCCCAGUGGGGCACUCACCAAAGAGUCCAUCUACCCAAUAUGUUACCAGAGCACGAGUAUUUACAGGAAAUGGAAGCCCUAGGCUGGGUCCACACUCAACCUAAUGAACUGCCGCAGCUUUCACCUCAAGACAUCACCACCCAUGCAAAGGUUAUGGCAGACAACCCCACCUGGGACGGCGAGAAGACAGUCAUCAUCACCUGCAGUUUCACGCCAGGUUCCUGUUCACUCACUGCCUACAAACUGACCCCUAGCGGUUACGAGUGGGGUCGACAGAACACCGACACGGGUAACAACCCCAAGGGUUACCUACCGUCCCACUACGAGAAGGUACAGAUGUUACUCUCCGACCGAUUCCUUGGAUUCUUCAUGGUUCCGGCACAGAGUUCCUGGAAUUAUAACUUUAUGGGUGUCCGACACGACCCCAACAUGAAGUAUGACCUACAGCUUGCCAACCCCAAAGAGUUCUACCACGAAGUACAUCGACCAUCGCAUUUCUUGAAUUUCUCUGCCUUGGAAGACGCCGAGAACGUGGGUGCCGACAGAGAAGACCUGUACACAUAACAGAAACCCUUUUUUUCUCUUUUUUUUUUUUUUGUGGUUUCCAUGUGUGUCUGUCACUUAUUUCUCCUCCUCCUCCUCCUACUUCUUCUCUUGCCUAACUUUUCUUUCUUCCUCUUGGGCCUGAGCAAGGGUACAUCCCCAACAAAUUUAUAUAUAUAUAUAUAAUAUAUAUAUAUAUAUAUAUAUAUACAUAUAUACAUAUGUAUGUAUAUCAAAGUAGG